UUGCCCCUGACGCUGCCCUUCACUUCCCGUCCCCCUCCACGCCAGAUGCGCCGAGUGCCAGCCUGCUCGCGGCACUGGCGCUGCCACGCUCACUGCCUGCACCCGCCUGGACGGCGCUUCUGCGCGCGUGUGCGCUCCCGUCCUCGGAGAGACGCCCCUCGCGCGUGCGCGGGCGCUGCCGCACGGGCGUGCACGGCAGUAGGCCUGUGCCUCCCUGGGUGGGCGCUGCGGGCCGCUCCGGUCCUGCAGCCGCUGCCCCGGCCGAGGGGCGCCGUGCGGGCAGCGGUCCGGCGGCGAGGCGGCCGCACGGGUGCCCAAGGCAAGCGGGGGCGGAGAGAGGCUGCCCUCCGAGCUGCGCUCGAAGACAGGUUGUCCGCUCAGUGCCUGCGCGGGUGCGCACGGCUGCCGCCAACGAUGCAAAGACCAUGGUCGCGGCGGAGAAGGGCAAGUGCGAAGUCGGCGCGGUUCCUGGCGAAGAAGGGUCACGUGCAAGAGGUACCGCCUCGGUCGCCCCGCAGGGCCGCCUGAGCCCCCGCCGCCGCUGGCCCGGGCUGCGGCAGGUGCCCUACACCGCGGCUGGAGAUGGAGUCGCCGCCUUCCGGUCUGGUUGGCGUGGCAGACACGAGGCGGUGAUCGGCGGGCGCGUCGAGCUCGCCGGCGGCACGUCGGCGUCCGCCCCCCCCCAUGUUCUGCCGGGCUCGCGCCCCUGCUGGACGAGGGGAUCUGCGUGACGCCGGGACCUGGACGAGCCGAUGCGCCUGCGGAGUCUCCGCGGAGCCUCGUCCGAGAGCUCCAGCGGCUCGAGCUGCGCGGGGGGUCGCGCUCUGUGAGGGUGCCAAGAGCCGCGCCCCCGUUCGGGGGAGGGGCGCCGCCAUGCACGUAUAGUUGGCGCCGUCCUGCUUCUCCCAGCUUCAAGGACAUUAGCCUUGCAGCAGUGUGAUGUUUCCCGCGCCAUGUCUUUCCGACGUCGGGCAUGACCGCCCUCCGGCCGAAGAUGCGGACUGCAGAACUCCUGCUGCUGGUGCACGCGUCUCUGCUCCGCCCUGCCUGACGUGCGAGGAGCCUGCACUCCGUGGAUGCCUCCCAAAAGGGGGCCAGCGUGCAUGGGGUCGGAGGAUCGCGCCGCAUCUCUGGUGCAUCGG